AUGGCCCAGGAACAACCCCCGCCGGCCCAGUCACCUCCGACCCAGACCAGCCCAUGGUCGCCGGACCUGGCAGGACAGGAGCCUCUACAGGUCGACAACAACCUUGAAGACGACGAUGCCUAUGCUGCUUCAGAGGCAUCCGCCAGCUUCGUCUCCUCGAUCAACUCCAGUGUUUUUCGCUACAAGUACGAGAACGGCCGCCGUUAUCAUGCUUUCCGGGAGGGUGCAUAUCUAGUGCUAAUCUGCGUUCGUACGACUUGGAAGCCAAACGACGACGAAGAGCAGGACCGCAUGGACCUGGCCCACCACAUCUACGGUCUUCUCCUUGGUGGAGAGCUCCAUCUCACCCCAAUCCCUGACAAACCGCAGCGCGUCCUCGACCUGGGCACCGGCACCGGCAUCUGGGCCAUGGACUUUGCAGACCAAUACCCCUCCGCAGAAGUCAUCGGCACUGAUCUGAGCCCGAUUCAGCCCAAGUGGUACGGCAUUCUCGCAUUGACACCGCCCAACUGCACAUUCGAGGUCGAUGAUUUUGAACAGGAUUGGGUCUACCGCAAGCAGUUUGACUACAUCCACGCCCGUGAGCUGGGAGGAUGCAUCGCCGACGACGAGAGGCUCUUCCGCCGAGUUUUCGAGCAUUUGGCCCCUGGCGGCUAUCUGGAGAUGCAAGCCGUGUACCCUCGCUUCCUCUCCGACGACGAUACAGACAAGCUGGCGAAGGACGCUCAGUACUGGAUGACCAACAUCUGCGAGGGUGCGGCCAAGUUCGGUAAGCCGCUCGACUCAGUGCCCCAGUGGCUGGACAAGAUGCAGGCCGCCGGAUUCGUCGAGGUCAAGCAGGAGAUUCGCAAGAUCCCGUUUGGCAGCUGGCCGAAAGACCCGACGCUCAAGGAGAUCGGCAGGCACUCGAUCAUCCAGGAGCAGCAACUCAUCGACUCGUACACACCCGCCAUCUUCUCCCGUGUGCUUGGAUGGGGUCAGACGGAGAUCCAGGUCCUCAUGGCCAGGGCGACGGUCAUCAAGAAUCUGUUUGCCGCGACGGAAGCUGUACACCAGAAGCUGGGCGAUAUCGGUCCAGAGCUGCAGGCAGCGCACGGGCCAUAA